UAAUCACGAUCGCUGUUUAGCACAACACCUGGAGCUCAGGGGGCAAAACAAUCGAGUGCUGCUGUUUGACUGAGGAAGAAUAAAGUAGUCGUGUCUUCCCCAGAAAAAAACAACACAUUUCCUGCAAGUCGACAGGUUAUUUUCUCAAUCUACUUUAACCAAUCACAUUCAAGAGGAAAUGUAUUACCAUACUGGAGCCCCGCCCCCAUUCCAAAUAAAGGAUUUAAGGUGAGCAAGUUGUUGGUUAUUUGAAGAGUGAAAGAGCAGCUCUACACAGGAAAAUAGCAGGAGCUACUUGGAGUUAGCCUGAAAGACAAAGUCUUGUUUCUGGACUUUCACCAUCAGCCCACAGCUCUACGUUUCAUUGGCACUUUGCACUGCAUACGAGAGAGAAUCCAACAAUGCGCGACCUGGAGAAUACUUUGGACAAGCCGGUACAGAUUAAUGAGGAUGAUGCUGUGGAAGCUACAAUACAAGAUUGGCCUCAAGUGCUGAGUCACAAAGAUCCAAAUGAUGAACUGGAAGAUUCAGACUUUGAAGAUCAAGUCGAUGAAGAGCCUUUUGACGUCACAAAGAGAGAUGAAGAGUCCAAGAGUGGUUUAAGCUGGAGUGAUGAAGCAUUCAUGGAGGAUUGCUGUCCACUUUGUUCACAUGUUUGCACUGAGCCUGCGGUGCUGCAGUGUGGCCACAGCUUCUGUAACGGCUGUGUGCAAGAAUGUGAGAAGUGGAAAAAGUCUUUUCAAUGUUCACUCUGUAACAAAGUCAACAACAACCCAGAGCCUCCAGUUAAUGUUGCCAUGAUGAGUUUGAGUGAAAGCGACAGAGUUGAUCCAUCAGGAGGACAAAGAAAUGUGCAGCCCCUGAAGUUGUCGACUCCUUCAUCUCCGGAGCGUCCUCUGUCUGAAGAUCUGACUGAGGAGACUUCAGUGUUUGGCAAACAUAAAGAAAAUGUUCCCCGUGUGCUCAUCAUUAAAUGUGUUGAAACGUUAGUUGUAACGACUGUUGUCACAUUUGGUGAAGCUGAUGAAGACUAAAACCUUUUCAAGUUCAGUUAACUACAAUAUGAUAACCUUGAUGAGAUAUGAGGGUUAAAUGAGCCUGUGCUCCUUCAUGACCCUCUCAAACAUUUAUUCAUUCGCUAUCUUCAUGUAGUGCAUACUCAGCCAUGAGAGAGUAACACUUUUCAGGACUCUUUUCGGACCAAGUCCAUUGCACUACUUUCAAACACUUUGUUCUCCAAUGUUUGCCUUUCUCUUAUUUUUGCAUAUAUUUCUCUCCAUUGUACAUAUUUCUCCUGUUUGUUAUUUAUUCCUGUUCCUACUAUUUAUAUUCUAUUCUGACGUAGUUGGUGUGGAGCACCCGAAAUAUGUUGUAUAUGUAGAAUGACAAUAAAGGGCUAUUCUAUUAUAUUCUAUUCUAUUCUAUUCUAUUCAUUAAUAGAUUUUUUUUUUUUUUGACAAUGUAGUAGUUUUUGUUACAUGCAAUACAAUUGACAAAGCACAACUUUGCUUCCAUCUUGUGUUCAACAAGCACAGCUGCAGUGUGCAGGUCUCAGACUGUGAAACCAAACUGUGAACAAAUAUGUUUUUGUAAACAUCUAAUGCCCCACUAAUGCUUUAAUAUGUAAUAUUUUAUAUUGGUAGAUUUAAUUUCUGUCUUUUUAUU